UGAUGGUGUUGUGUUUCCUCCUGGUCUCGCGCGCUUAUUGGGGAGACAGACGCAGAUAGAGUUAUUUGGGAGCAGAUUCCAGCUUGCAGAUAUGGUGAGGAAGAGUGAGCACUCAGAUCUGCAGACGCUUCAUAGCACGUGUCAGGCGGCCAGUAACUCUUUGGCGUCUGCACCAUCAGAUAGUGAUGCGGCACUUCCUCCUCUUUCCUUAUGCGCUGCUCAGAACUCUUCAGCAGUGACAGAGAGCAGUCAGCCAGUGGACAUCAAUGACGCAGGGAUGCGAAGGAAGAAGAAGCGCAGGACUCGGGCAUUAGACAGCUCUAUAGGAACAUUUAAAGAUCUGUACAGGCUCACGGAUGAGGUGCUGGGGCAGGGGGCAUACGCCAAAGUACAAGGCUGCGUGAACCUGCACAGCGGCAAGGAGUACGCUGUAAAGAUUAUCGAGAAGAUUACCGGUCACAGUCGAAGCAGGGUGUUUCGAGAAGUCGAGACAUUAUAUCAGUGCCAAGGAAAUAAGAACAUUCUCGAGCUCAUUGAGUUUUUUGAGGAUGACAGCUGCUUUUAUCUGGUGUUUGAGAAGCUCUGUGGAGGCUCCAUUUUAACACACAUCCAAAGGAGGAAGCACUUUGAUGAAAGGGAAGCCAGUCGGGUUGUAAAGGAUAUUUCUCAAGCACUGCACUUCUUGCACACUAAAGGAAUCGCUCAUCGGGAUCUGAAACCGGAAAAUAUCCUGUGCGAAUAUGUUGACAAGGUGUCUCCUGUGAAGAUCUGUGAUUUUGACUUGGGAAGUGGUGUGAAGUUGAACAGUGCCUGUACCCCCAUAACUACACCGGAGCUUACUACACCAUGUGGAUCGGCUGAGUACAUGGCUCCGGAGGUGGUGGAAGUAUUUACAGACGAGGCGUCGUUCUACGAUAAGCGCUGUGAUCUUUGGAGCCUCGGGGUGAUCCUGUACAUUCUGCUCAGCGGCAGUCCACCGUUUACUGGCCACUGUGGAAGUAACUGUGGCUGGGAGCAAGGGGAAACCUGCCGUGCAUGCCAGAACAGCCUGUUCGAGCGAAUCCAGGAAGGAAAAUAUGAGUUUGGGGAUCGGGAUUGGUCUCACAUCUCAGACGGCGCCAAAGACUUGAUCUCCCGCCUGCUAGUUCGAGACGCCAUGCUGAGGCUGAGUGCCGUGCAGGUCUUACAGCAUCCGUGGGUUCAGGGGAACGCUCCGGAAGUAGGUCUUCCAACUCCACAUGUCUUACAAAGGAACUGCAGCACUAAGGACCUGACUCAGUUUGCGGCGGAGGCUAUGGCCUUUAACAGGCAGCUGUCACAGCAGGAUCAGCACGAUGAUGAGCAGGAGGAUAACGCCGCCAUCCUGUGCUCCAUGAGACUCUCGCCCCCCUCCAACUCCAGACUGGCGAGACGCAGGGCGCAGGCCAGCGCCCUCCGCAGCACCAGCCAGUACCUGAACACUACUCAGGUUCCAGAGUGACCUCUCACAUGGAUGUUUUGUGCGAGAGCUGCGCUCAGUCCCGCUCAUCAUCACACAGCGUAUUAGUGUAAACACAUAUCACACAUACUGUAGUGUUCUCCAUAAGGCCAUUAAGAGAUUAUGCACUGCAUCAGAGCUACAGUACAAGAGGUGCACAUUCUGGAAAAAUGCAUCCUUUUGAAUUAGGAUUGGUGUCCUAGUUCAUUAUGGACCACAUACUUAAUGUUUAGCAAACCGGGAGAUGUUUCUCAAUUUUUUUAUAUUUAUUACAGAUUUUUUUUUUUAUUUAAGGGAGGGGAGCAUUUACGUUAAGCAUUUACUUAAGAGUUGAAAUCUCCCACUUUUACAUAUUCAUGGAGAUUAUUUUACUUUACGCACUUGGUAUUUUUAAACAUUUGUCAUUUCUUUUGUGAUUUUUGCAGAGAAUGGUAUUGUUAAGGCAUUUAAGAUUUUUUAUUUUAUUGUUUUUAUUAGAAAUACCGUUGAGGUGAUAGAUAGGCUUAUAUUUAUAUGGAUAUUGUAUUGAUAUUAUGUUUUUACAGUACAGUACCUCAGAUCCAAUUUGCACACUUUGUCCUGCACAGGGCUCAGCCAUGUUACAGACCAUACACUCUGUACAAUACAGCAAGGCCAGUAGUUUUUUUUCCCCCCACUUGUAUUGUCAAUGAUGUCUAUAAUGUCUUAGGUCUAAUAGGUUUUUCUCAUCUUUGUAUGUCUUGUUCUGCCCAUUUGCCUCUUUCCAUGUUUUUUAUAUUAAUUUUAUUUUUAAUGUUCUGAAAUAGAAAAUGCACUUCUUAAUGAAAGGAACUCUGUGUCUUUAUUUUAAAAAUGAUUCCACAGCAUCACAACUGUUGAAGUGUCCUUUACAUUUAAAAUUAACAGUCAAAACUAAUGCAGAUAUGUUUUUGCUUUAUAGCUACCUCUCUUCUUGGUGUUUAUACAAGUUAUAUUGAGGAGUUCAAGUCAAAUUGGGACAAUUGAUUGCGCAGAAUAAUAAAAUACACUUGUGAGA